CCUGCCGGUUACGCGCAUCUAAGCUCAGCUGCACAACGCUAUGUCAGAUAGCAAGAUGUAUUUUACAUGCUAAUGCUUAUAUUUAUUCUUCUUUUUAUAAUCUUUUAAGAACUGAGGUGGUUUAAAAGUACUUUGUUUAAGAGACGUGAUGAUUGGCGACUUUGAAACUCAUGUCGUUCGAUCCAGUGGCGAUCUAUGGUCUGAGGUUUGCUCCAGUCUGCCACAGCCUCGGGAAUUUGAAGAUGGACAAUUUACAGACUCAUUUCAGCCCUCAGCACAAGAGUCCCCUCAUCCAAACUCGCCCAGAGCGUCUUUAAAUCCCUGGGAACCAAUGGCUGACUCUGACGUUUACAUAGCCAGUUUAGAAAAUCGGUUGAAGAGAAUCAAGGGACUGUCAAAUGAGGUAACAUCAAGACAAAUGCUGCGUUCAUUGUCCCAGGCAAAAAAGGAAUGCUGGGAUAGAUUCCUCCAUGAUGCCGAAGCCUCAGAACUGUUUCAGGAAGGAACUUUUGAUCAAAGUGCUUUGGAGCAGUUCAAACGCUGGGUGUCUCCUGAAAAGGUGGCCAUCAAUGCAGAAGAGCUGGAGUACCUUCUCCUGCCCACACAGAACAGCGAGAUUCCUGCCAACUCUCCCCAAACUGCUGAGCCAUGUGAGGAGGAAGAGUGCCCAAGCCCAGAAAAAUAACCAUAUCACAGAAAUAAUGUGCAGUUUGCUUUACUAUUCAGCCGUUUUAGGGAGGAUGAGUAUAAGGGGGGUCUUGCUGUGGAAAGCAACCUGAUAUUGUGAUUCAAUUCUAGGGGAUCAUUCUAUAAGGAGCACAAGUAAUCAUUUACUAGCACCCAAACUAACAAAUGCUUUAGUGUGAAGUAAUGGGAAAUAAAGGCAUUGACUAAUCAGGAACAAAUAAAUGCAAACAAAUGGAAUCAUCGUCACCUUUAGCAUAAUUUAGCAAAGCUGUUAAAAACACUUUGACUUGAUACUUUGUAUUAGUAUUGUUAGGUUUAGUUCCUUAUUAGUCUAUGCCUUUAUUAACUGUAAGUUCAUGUAGAUGAUGCAAUAGUAAGGGUUACUUGUGGCCCUAUAGUAAUUGUUACUCAGUUGUUUUUCAAAAAUAAAUUAAUGUGUACUCGGAUGUCCACAUCUCUCAAUAGUAUCUAUGCAUUUGUGCAUGCUUUUCUUCAUACAUCGUCCUAACUGCUAGACGUGUUCACAGGAUUGAACACAAGAGGAUUCAAAUAGAAGAAAUUACUGUGAUUAUAUGAGUAAAUCUUUACUGUGUCAUCAUGUGACGUUCCACAAAAUGUCUUAUUUUAUCAUUUGCUACUCAAUUCAAAUGAAUAUCAUUGUUUCUUGCUCUUGUCAUGCUUAAUUGAAAAUGACACUGUUAUACAUUAACCUAAACAUUGUUUUGGUGACGUUAUUACAUAUGUUUCAUGUAUAAUUAUAAUUUCUAUCCAUGUCAAGAUUGUUUCAGACAGAAACCAACACACAGGUCAAUAUACUAGAUAACCACUUGGUUAAAGGAUGAUGAGCUCAAUAUGUUAGUGACUUCACUUUUACUAAAAAUCAUUUUAAAUUACAAUAAAAUGACAAAGUUGCGAUAAUGAGA